AUGUUACCAGAGAAUUAUUCUCACCGUCCAGUUGCCGUCCUAGGAGGUGGUGUAUUGGGGAGACGCAUUGCUUGUACUUGGGCAUCUGGUGGAUAUGACGUCCAAAUUCGGGAGCCAGAUCAAAAACAGCAUGAGUCUUGUCUCAACUACAUCAAAGAGAAUGCUGAAAGGUACCCUGCUGCCGGAAAGACAACCGCUGGAACCGUCAGAAUAUUCCAAGAUCUUGACAUGGCUGUCCAAACCGCCUGGCUUGUCAUCGAGGCAGUCCCCGAGAAAAUCCAAAUAAAAAUAGACACUUUCUCGGAACUCGAAAUCCAUGCUCCCAAGGAUGCCAUUUUAGCCAGCAAUUCAUCAUCAUACAAGUCCUCUGAGAUGCUUGGAAAAGUCAAAGACACAACAAAAUCGCGAGUCCUGAAUACGCAUUACUACAUGCCUCCCGAAAACAUGGUCGUGGAGCUGAUGACGGAUGGUUACACAGAUCCAGACAUCUUUCCUUUCCUAAUGAAUAGACAGAGAGAAGUCGGUUCUAAGCCUUUCUUUGCAAAAAAAGAAUGCACAGGAUUCAUUUUCAACAGACUCUGGGCGGCGAUAAAAAGGGAGACGUUGUCCAUUCUCGCCGAAGGAGUGUCAACGCCAGAGGAAAUCGACACUCUCUUCAUAGAAUUAACGAGAAGUUGGGGAGGGCCUUGUAAAUUUAUGGACGCCGUUGGUUUGGACACUGUUGCCCUUAUAGAGGAUCACUACAUUAAGGAGCGCCAGCUGUCUCCAACUUAUACUGUGGACUUCUUGCGUCGUGAAUAUCUUGAAAAGGGUAAACUUGGCGCAAAAUCUCCCCACGGUGGCCUGUAUCCUCCUCAACCUACGAGUAUCGCUUAG